CUCCGGUGUUGCUGGGGAGAAGCCGACGCUCUCCCAGAUCACAUCAAGAUUCGGCGGGAGGAGAGGAAAAAAAAAAAAAAAAAUCCUCGCCGGUCUCACUGAUUUCUUUGUCUGAGAAGAGAAAUUAGCAUCACAUGCCCCUGGCUGCCGUUUGUCAUUAAAAUAUAAGUCACUGGAUUAAUUUCUCUUCUUUUUUUCUCGGUUUCGCCCUUUCUCUCCCUCUCUCUCUUCGUUGCGGACGCCGUAUCACGAGGAUAGCGAGCGACAGGGAUAUUAAAGAGGAAGAGGACGGAGGAGGGAGGGACCGAGGAGAGAUGGGAGAAGAGCCCGUGCCUACUCGCUGGACUUUUGAGGUGAACUCCUCCGCCAGCCCCAACUCCGAGAUACUUGCGUAGAUGUUGCUCCUCUUUCUCGGUUCCACUACCCUCAUCGCGCUUCUCUUCUCGGCGCUGCUUCACCUUUCCGAUUUCAAGAUGUUUUAUAACGUAAAGUUCGGAAGGAAGAAGGAGACCAAGGAAGAGGUGCCAGAGGCCGGAUCGGAUCGUAAUGGUAGCUAUGGGAAUGGAUCGGUUCAUGCCAAUGGGAGCAGGAAGAACACGGCCGACUUGGCUGUUUACGAGCAGUUCGAGCAACAGGAGGGAAGAAUUGAGGCGCGGCCGGGGGUUAUCUCGGAAAGGCCUCAGAGGCCCCUGCUUCCUCCUUUUGAGUCUGCAGAAAUGCGUACUUUGGCAGAGACUUUAUGCAGAGACAUCAUCCGUGGAAGUCCUGAUGUAAAGUGGGAAAGCAUCAAAGGAUUAGAAAAUGCGAAACGCCUUCUGAAGGAAGCAGUAGUCAUGCCAAUAAAGUAUCCAAAGUACUUCACUGGGCUUCUUACUCCAUGGAAAGGCAUCUUGUUAUUUGGCCCUCCAGGAACAGGGAAGACGAUGCUUGCAAAAGCUGUGGCUACUGAAUGCAAGACUACUUUUUUCAAUAUUUCAGCAUCAUCAAUUGUCAGCAAAUGGCGUGGUGAUUCAGAGAAGCUAGUCAAAGUUUUAUUUGAGCUCGCCAGGCACCAUGCACCAUCUACUAUAUUUCUUGAUGAGAUUGAUGCAAUCAUUAGUCAACGUGGUGAAGCACGAAGUGAGCAUGAAGCUAGUCGACGUUUGAAGACCGAACUCCUUAUACAGAUGGAUGGUUUAACAAAGACAAAUGAGCUUGUGUUCGUCUUAGCUGCAACUAAUCUACCUUGGGAAUUGGAUGCAGCUAUGCUCCGGCGUCUUGAAAAGCGAAUCCUUGUUCCUCUUCCAGAACCAGAAGCAAGGCUUUCAAUGUUUGAGGAACUUUUGCCAUCGGUUCCUGGGGAAGCACAGAUUUCACAUGAUUUUCUUGUAGAAAAGACAGAAGGCUACUCUGGUUCGGACAUCCGAUUAGUAUGCAAGGAGGCAGCUAUGCAGCCAUUAAGGAGGUUAAUGGUACUUUUGGAAGACAAACAGGAACCAGUCCAUGAGGAUGAGCUGCCUCCAGUUGGUCCACUCACAGUCCAAGAUAUUGAAGUGGCUUUGAAAAACACAAGGCCGUCAGCCCACCUCCAUGCCCACCGCUAUGAAAAGUUCAACCAGGACUACGGCAGCCAGAUUCUUCAUUAAGGGCCAUAAAUUCUCAUUUCCAGAAACAGGACUGCAUGAUUUGGUCUUGGUCCAGCCAACCAUGUUAGAAUCAUCAGAACUUUGCAUUCAUCUUUGUUAAUAAACUGGAAAUUGUCGGGCAAAUUCAUAUCCAACUGCUGUCUCGGUGCCGACAGAGGAUGAGCCCUUAAUUUAUGCAAGUCUAGUGUCUUUUCUUUGAUGUUCCUAUUUUCGCAUUUAGGAGAUGGACUUGAGAGCCAUGGAAUAUUGGAGAAUCAAGAACCAGCAAUAUUUUCAAGCAUAGAUUCUUUGCUUGCUGGAGUUACUCGUGUGGAUUUACAGCGUGGGGUCUUUUUUUUUUUGUUUCUUAAUUUCUAAACUUGUCCAAGGCUGCAAAAUCAACUUUAAUGCUUCAAAUUCAUUUAUAA